CUCCCAUUGUGCAUAUAUGUAUAUAUACGUGUAUGUGUGCCUCAGAGCAGCAUGUCCCUGCCACCUUCACUUAUCAUCACUAUGAAGAGUCUCACUGUUUUUGCCAUCUUUGCUCUUGUAGCCACCGCAUGGGCUGGCCCUCCACCUGCAAUAGGAAGAGAGGUGGACUGCUCCAACUACAAAGGAAAAGGCUCUCAGAUUGCAUGCCCAAGGCACCUGCAACCAAUAUGUGGCACAGAUCAUAAGACUUACAGUAAUGAAUGCAUGUUUUGCGCGCUAACUCUAAACAAAAAAUUUGAAGUCAGGAAACUUCAGGAUACUGCAUGUGAUAUUGAGUGCACCGAAUAUUCUGAUAUGUGUACCAUGGAUUACAGACCUCUCUGUGGAUCUGAUGGAAAAAACUAUUCCAACAAAUGUUCGUUUUGCAAUGCUGUUGUGAAGAGUCGUGGUACAAUCUUUUUGGCCAAGCAUGGAGAGUGCUGAGAUUUGGAUCCCAAGUUCCCUUUGGCAGAUUCCAUGUAGAGAACCAAUCUCUUUAAAUGGUUAUGGGGGCAAAUAUGUGGAUUUGAUUCUUCAAUAAAAGAUUCUUAGCAGAAAUCUUUCAA